AUGGGCACACGUCAAACUGGCUGGGCGCAGCUGUCUGGUCACAGCGUCCAGGCAUCGAUGGACAUGGCCUUGGUAGCCCAUAUUGCCACGCUGAGGAGCUCAGUGCCUUUCGUCAACUUUUUCGAUGGUUUCCGUACUUCCCAUGAAAUCAACAAGAUCAACAUCAUCCCCUACGAGGCUAUGGACCAGCUGGUGCCGUGGCCAGAACUGGCCGCCUACCGUUCACGAGGGCUCAACCCCAACAAGCCGCACUCUCGUGGUCUGGGCCAGUUCGCUGAUACCUUUUUCCAGAACUCUGAGGCCGUCAACAAAUACUACGACAGCACACCUGGUAUAGUGCAGAAUGUUAUGGACGAAGUGGCGCAAGUGACCGGCCGGCACUAUAAGAACUUCUUCUAUUAUGGUCAUCCCCAAGCUGAGUAUGUUACGGUUAUUAUGGGAUCUGGCAGCUCUACUAUGGAGGAGACGGUUAACUAUAUGAACGCUCGUGGCGAGAAGGUUGGCAUAGUCAGAGUUCACCUCUAUCGCCCUUGGGAUGCUAAGGCAUUUGUGAGCUCACUGCCCCCAUCAGUGAAACGCCUUGCGGUACUUGAUCGUACUAAGGAGCAGACGGCCAUUGGUGAGCCGUUGUUCCUGGACGUUGCAGCAACACUGCAGUCUAUUGGCAGUACGCUGAAGGUUAUUGGUGGUCGCUAUGGUCUCGGCUCGAAGGAGUUCACCCCGGCUAUGGCUGAGGCCGUCUUCGAGAACUUGAAACAACCUAGACCGGUUGAGAACUUCUCGGUUGGUAUCGAGGAUGAUGUUACCCACAGAUCGAUCAAGGUUGGCCCCGAGCCGGACGUAUCUGCUCCUGGGACCAGACAGUGUCUAUUCUGGGGUAUGGGUUCUGACGGUACUGUAUCGGCCAACAAGAGCGCUAUCAAGUUAAUUGCUGACAACACGGAUCAGUACGUGCAGGCCUAUUUCGCUUAUGAUUCCAAGAAAUCCGGUGGCUGUACUAUUUCUCAUCUCCGUUUUGGCCCUGAGAAAAUCGAGUCGCCCUAUGCUAUUAUGAACGCAGAUUACAUAGCAGUUUCCCAGCGAACGUGGCCCCAUAAGUUCCCCAGAGUCAUCGUGGAGACCCUCAAGCCUGGCGGUAUCGCGGUCUUCAACUCUGCCUCCAAGACUGCUGAGGAGUUCUUGGCUGAGAUGCCUGAGGCGGUGAUUAACCAGCUGGGCGAGAAGGAAGCUCACAUCUACACCAUAGAUGCCUCCAAGGUGGCCCGUGAGAAUGGUCUUGGUCGUCACACUAACAACGUUCUGGCCGCUGUGUUCUUCAAAUUGGCUGAUAUCAUCCCCUAUGAGAGUGCUGAGAAGUUGCUGAAGGACGCUAUGAAGAAGGCGUACUCGGCUAAGGGUGAGGAUCUGGUCCAGAGGAACUAUAAGGGAGUUGAUGCUGCUAUUGCCAACUUGGUCGAGAUUCAGUACGAUCCCAAGGUUUUCAGCACUUACAGUAAGCCGGAAGAUGUUGAUCCGACUCGCCCUGCGUUCUGUACUGAUCUCAUGGAUCGCCUCAAUGCGCUUGAGGGCAACAACUUGCCGGUCUCGUCGUUUGACCCUCGGGGGCACUACCCACCGGCUACAACUCAGUACGAGAAGCGUGGUGUGGCCCUUACUAUUCCUAUUGUGGACAUGGACAAGUGCACACAGUGCAACAAAUGCUCGGCUAUAUGCCCUCACGCGGCCAUCAGACCUUUCCUCAUCUCACAGCUUGAGGCUGAUGUCGCCCCUAAAGCCUUCGACAUGCGUAUGGCCAAAGGCGGUAAUGACGUCGCUGGUAUGAUGUACCGUAUUCAAGUCGCUCCUGAGGACUGCACUGGCUGCGAGGCCUGCUCGUGGGCCUGUCCUGAUAACGCUCUUACUAUGACCCCAUUGGAAGAUGUAGUUGAGGUCCAGCGUCCCAACUGGUCCUUCGCUAUAAGUCUACCUAGUCGUGGGUAUAUGGUUGACCGCCACACCCUCAAGGGUUCGCAGUUCCAGCAGCCUAUGCUGGAGUUCUCUGGGGCUUGCGAAGGCUGUGGUGAGACCCCUUAUGCUAAGCUGGUUACGCAGCUGUUCGGUGAGCGUAUGGUCAUUGCCAACGCCUCGGGUUGUUCUUCAGUCUGGGCUGGUACUGCUGCCUUCAACCCACUAGCUGUUAACGACAAGGGUCAGGGUCCGGCAUGGGGCAGAUCUCUCUUCGAGGAUGCCGCUGAGUACGGUCUUGGUAUGGCUCGUGCCGUCCAAGAGCGUCGUCUUAAUCUCAAGGAGAAGGUUCAGGAGUUGGUUGAUGACGAGGAGUACAAAGCCUUGCUCAGCCCUGAGCUCGACAAUGCAUGUCAUGAGUGGUUGGAGAAGUACAAUGACUCUGUCAUCUGCCAGGAGCUCUCUGGUGAGAUCCCCGGUAUGCUGGAGAACACCAGUGCCCUACGAGAGGUUCCAUUGGUCCAGGAGAUUCUUUCUAUGAGGGACCUCUUCCCGAAGGUCUCCCAAUGGGUGUGGGGUGGCGAUGGUUGGGCGUAUGAUAUCGGCUUUGGCGGUCUGGAUCACGUCUUGGCUUCCCAGACAGAUCUCAACGUGCUGGUCAUGGACACUGAGGGCUAUUCUAAUACCGGUGGUCAGGUCUCGAAGUCUACCAAUUUGGGUGCAGUUCAGAAGUUUGCUCCCACAGG